AUUUAUGAACUGCUCUUAUUUGCAGGUCGAUUUUACUAUAAAAGAAUGGAUCGUUGAACAGAGCUUCAUCAUAACUACGAAGUUCACGUACAACACUCACUUUCUCAAAGAAAUCUAAGAAAAAAUGAAGUUCCUUGCAGUUUUCCUUUUGGUUGCUUUCUUCGCCGGAAUUGAAGGACAAUUCUUAAUUACUCCUGGUUACAACUUUGGAUUUCCUUAUAACGGAUUCGCUGGCCGUUACUUCUCCAAUCCUGCUAUUGUCGACACAAGAGUUUUAACUGCACCAACUUGGUGGGCAGGUGAAGGAAAAUACGUUGCAAAAACUCGAGGCGCUGAACACAUCGCUCCUUUGAAAGGUCACCUAAACUCAGCCGUAUCACUUAAUGUGGAUCCAGCUCCAGGGACUUUUUAAGAACAUUGGUGAAAUAAUUUGAACAAAAUGAAACCACUGAAUUUUAAAUGGAAAAUAUUACCUGAUAAAUAAAGACUCAAUUCAAAAAGUAA